GCCUGCUGGACCUACCUGCAGCCAGUGCCUCGAUGCCGUAGGAGGAUGAGCCGUGGAAAUAGAGCUGCAGCCUGCCGGUGCAUUUAUGAAAAAAGGAGGAAGAAAAAAGAACAAGAUGAGGGGGUGGGGGGGUUGGGUGUGCAGCUGGCAGCAGCCGUUACUUCCGUGGAAACUUGCUCCAGAUUUUCCGGAUUUCUCAGUGCAGUGUGAUUGAAGGAAGAAUGCCACUGACAAUGGGAAGCAAUGCCAGCCGCACUUGUUUUUUUUUCUGCAAUACGCCCCUCCCUCAACUGUGCAAUAGGAAUCACGCAUCUAGACGUGGUAGUGUCCUGAUACAUUCAAAUUGCUGGAACAGUCUAUGUGUGUAUAGUUCACAAAAGCAGCUCAGAUACGUGCAGAACGUUGCGUAGUGGAAAGAGCCUGUGUUUUCCUCUGCCCGCUUGCUCGGGAGAAAUGUCCGCCACAGCGGGUGCCAAGAAACAGCGUGAUCGGAGGAAAGGAUGUCAGUUACAUGGGGACGCAAUAUCAAUGUCGGCCGUGAUUGUGUUUUCCUACAAUACACCACUCCUUUUACUGCAAAACAGGAAACGUAUCUGGAUCUGUUCCUGUACUGGUACGUUUCAAAUGAUGGUACCCUUUGAUGAAGCUGUGCCGACCCUGUGGAGGGACCUCUGGGUGUGGUGCCGAAGGUCCAAAAAAAUAGCUGCGCAAGGUACUGGUGGUUUAAGUGUAGUGAUUAUCAGUGUGGUUUAGCUGUGAAUUGGUGCCAUUGGAGGAGUUUGACAUUGACAUUGACAGAGCUCUUGUAUGUCUAUAGGCUGACAAGAGCACCAGAAAAUGUCAAUGAUCUCUAGCUGCAGGUGGGACGCAGGAGUCGUAUACCUGAACACACUGUAAAGACAGUCCAUGUGUGUGCGUGUGUGUGUAGAGAUGUGUGUCUGCGUGUGUGUUGCCUGUGCGUGUUUGUCUGCAUGCCUGUGUGUGUAGGUUGUCAAAUUAUCACCAAACCCAUAAGAGUGCAAGGCCCUGCACGUCUCUGUGGGGUUGAGCGUGCGAAGUGCCCACACAUUUGUCCGCUUGUGUGUGUGUGUCCGCGUCGGUGCUCGGUGUUGUAACAUCCUGCAAUUUUUUCCACUGAUCUCUUCUUCAAGGGGGAGGAUCCUACUUCAGCUCAGACUCAGCAGUUGUGAGAGAAUGUGAAGUCCGCACAAGCAGCAUGGCGAUAAUGCGCUGCUGCUCCUGUACAUAGAUGACAGUUAAUGAUGCCGGGCAUUGAGGAGCUGCUUUUCAAAGCAUUUCUCCAAGUGCAUGAUCAACAGCAAUUCCGUUGUGGUGGCAUGUCGUCUGUGCCAUUCCAGAUCACCUGCCACAGUUGAGUGGCCGGCAGCAGCGGCGGUUAGCCGAUGAACAAGGUGUCGCUUUUCGCCAAAAGGCAGCCUGCAUGGAUCGGAGAUUGUCACGCACUGUGUUGUCCUUGUGAUCUCAAUGGUUGGGUGGGUAGAUUGGUGGCAUCGGCGCACAAGAGUCAAUCAACCUUGCUAGAAUGCACCCGCCCAUCUUUCAAAAUGGAUUUUUUUCACACUUUUUGCUUCUGAAAAAAGGCACUCUACAGGGCUUUUCAGCUUCGUCGUGGACGGUUGUUGCGUUUCAUCCAGGGAGGCUAUAAGAAUUUACGCAUCUGUCGGAAGGGCUAAACAGUGUUUCUAGUACAAAGAGGCAAAGCAGCACAGCCUUUGGGUGAGUUAGCGGUGGGCUGUGAGCUACAAGAGCGAUUGCUGACUGCCCACAGCCUGCGGUGGUAAGUCCAGACCUGAUGUCAGUUGGACCGAUCUGCAGCUUGUCAUGAGGGCCCUGAGUUACAAAGAGGCAAGCAGCACAGCAUUUGGGUGAGUUAGCGGUGGGCUACGAGCUACAAACUACAAGAGCGAUUGCUGACUGCCCACGGCCUGUGGUUGCAAGUCCGGACCUGACGUCAGUUGGACCGAUCUGCAGCUUGUCAUGAGGGCCCUGAGUUGAUAGGGUGGUCAAGGCCUUCUGUGGCUACUUUCCAAGGGAGGAGGAACGCACACCCUUGGGGAGGGCUGGGGAGGGUGGUGAGGAGGAGGAAUGAUCCCCACUGGGUGGACGACAAAGCCCCCAAACAGCUUCCUUUUGGACAGGUGCCAUCCCACUGGGGUGGCCUACAGAGGCCCCAAUGAGCUGCCUUUUCUGUACACGUGCUUAUUGUGACGUAUGGCUGAUUGUCAUGGUCCAACUUCUCAUCAUGCUCAGUCCGGAGGGGUAGAAUUGUUGCUUGGGAAUAGAAGUCAAGAAACUUCUGGAUUUUGCUUUGUUGGAAUACGAACAACACUUGGACACAACAGAAAAAACUACCGAGUGGUGGCUUUCACUUGUUAUUUUUGUCUUCUGGCAACAAAAUAGUGUGUGCAUG